GCCUCGUCUAUCCAGACCCAAAAGUCUACCAAACCUCAUUCAUUUUUCCCUUCUCUUUCCUCCCACCUCUUCCCCCGCCACCCUCUCUUACUCACCCUCUUCCAUAUCCAAUCCGAUUCACUCUGACUUUCCUUUCCUUAACCUAGUCCUUACCUCUACCGAUUCUCUAUCCUGUCUUGUCAUUCCUUUUCCCGUUCGCUUCCUGGGUGCUACCUCCCCUCCCUUUCCUUUCCCACUCUCAUCACCCCUUCUUCUCCCCUCUCCCACCCCCCAACUCUUCUACUUCCCCGACGCUGUCUCCGUCCUCAAUUCUCGCCUGGUCCAAGUCCUUGGCUCCUUCCUGCCAAGCUGACUCGGACCUGGGUGUUAGGCUCCCUCGUCCAUGCCACGUUCAUCGGCCACGGCUAGGAAGAGUCAUAGCAAUCGGCAUGAGAAUGGUCUCGUCGGUCCCGGAAAGAAAGUGAACAAGCAAAAGUCCAAUGGAAAUCUGAAUGGGAACACCAACGGCGCCUCUGCCCCGAACUCUGGUCCCUCCACUCAAGUCGACUGGCCCGCAUCUCGCUCUUCCAGCGAUUCCGCCUUAACCUCAUCGGCAACCACGGCAAGCAAGGUCAACGGCUCGGCGGACACCUCGAAGGCGGAUGGCAACGGGCGCGGCUUGCUGAACGGUUAUGCUAAGGGUAACGCGGACAUGUCUUAUGGCCAGACGAAUGGCGCCGUGCCCCAGAAUGGCGGACUUGCCGGACAGGCGUCGCGGCGAACGGAGAAGCCGGCGACCGGUUCCAAGAAGUCGGGCUCUAUCAAUCCACUCCAGCUCGCGUCGACGAUCCUCAAGUCCUGCCCGAUGUACGACACGAUCGCCAUUCUGAUCUUUCUUUUGCAGCUGCCGCCUAUGGUUCUCACUCUGGUUCAGUUCCUGUUUGCUUCCCUGACCUUCAUGCCUCCUAGCGGUGCAGCGUCUGGCUCCUUGACCUCCAACUUCGACAUCUUUCAGGGCCCCGCCGGAACGCCUUCUCUUGGCACAAUGAUCGCCAUGGAUGGAUUCUGCUUACUCUUCUGGGGCCUUUUCAUGUGGACAUGGGCGCAGAACUUUGCGCUCGAUUUAGCUCACGUUCAAGUUGCCAUUACGCUAGGUGGAGGAGGUUCGGGGAAGAAUGGGGGGGUCAAUGCUCUCUGCGUUGGCAUUGUUCUCGUAUUACAUCUUAUUCGCAGUAAAGGUAUACAGGAUUUUGUUAUAGGUCAUCUGCUCUCCGCCAAAAUCGUCUCACCUGAUUUCUUAUCGCAAUAUUCACAUCUCAUGCCCCCCGAGUUUCGUCGCACGGAACCGCAAAGCUCCCCAAGUUGGAUGCGCAGUCUCCUCGCCGUUCACAUCUUGGCUCAAGCAGGCACCGCCAUGGCAAGAAGAUCGAUGGCGAAGAACCGGUCACCGGCUCCCCCUCGCAACGGCAAGCGCGUUGAUACCGAAGCCUCUGCCGGGUCGCAGACACAAAUCGAUUCUGCGUUCGAGUCCGGGGCUAGCGUAUCUUCCUACAUCGGUGCCGAUGGUCAACUCGUUACGCCGGCAACUCAUAAGGAUGGUAGAGAUAGACUCAUGUCGGCAAAGAAACGCAGAAGGCAAGCCAAUCAGGUCCGGAGCCGUCAACCGUUUUGGGCUGCACUCGCAAGCACGAAGGUGACGGUGAUGAGGGAAUAUGAGCAUUCUAGGGCCCUCAACAAAACCGGCAGGGGCCUUAUGAUGACAGAAGAGGAUCUUCAGGGCAUUUCGUUGGAUGAUGGACUUGUUUGGAUAACCGAAGUCGAUAGCUCUACUAUCAAGUUUGCCGCGGGUGACUUCACAUCCGUGGAUGAUCCCGCGCUUUCCGGAGUCUGUGAAACUACUCGUCUGGGAAAUGAUGAAACGGAACCUUUCUACGUCUGUGUUAACGGCGCAUUGUGGGCAACGGCAACGAUUACCAAGGUGCAAGACGCUCCGAAGGGGUCAAACACGGUACACUGGCGGGGCGAAGUCUCGGGACUUGCUCCUAACUGUGCCUAUACUUGCUCCUUCGUGCGGAGCGAUACUGAUGAAGAGAUCUGUGUCAUGAGCGUCAAGACACCUGCUGCAACUGACGCGGAACAAGGUAAGGGAAUACCUCGUUUGGCCUCCGGUUCGUCCGAAACAGUUGGCUCACAUCGGCCACCAGCAGUCUCUUCGAUCCCAACUCCUCCGCAACCUUCUUAUCGUCCGUCAUCACCAACCACUACGCUCAAGAAUUCGAUCAUCAACGCCGAGGUCAAACUGAAUGAGAAACGCGCCCGGUUAAGGAAAGCCAAAAACGACCACAAACUCGUCAUUUCCAAAAUCAGGAAGGAACUGGAUAACUACAACCAUCGUCUGCAGAGUGGUACCGAUGAGAACCGACAGAAGCAGCGCUCGUUACAGCUCGAGAGAAACAUCAAGCAAACGGAGGAAAUCACAGCCGCUCUUGAAAGCCAACUCGACAAUUUGGAGAACAUUCCCGAGGAAGAGCUCGAAGAAUGGUCGACCCAGAAGUCCAAGUACGAACGGGAGUUGGAACAACUCAACCUGGCUAAGGAGGAGCUCGUUUCUGCUCGGGCCGCUGUUGCUCGUGAAGUGUCAUCAUUGGAGUCGGAGCUGAACUCGGCUAUCCAGAGAAAGGAACGUCUUCAGGGCCGCCGUACUAGGGUCAACGAACAAUACGAGCGGAUCGUCUCUGCCAACGCCCAAGGCUUGAAUGAGCGGGAGCGCCGUGCUGCGGAACAAUUCGCUCGGGAGCAGGACCAGGCGAAGUUAGAGGCCAACUUCAACGAGCAGUUUGCCAGCAUCAGCCAAUCCGUGCAGGAGUAUCAGAUGCGCACCAACCAAUUGUGGCAGCAAGCUGCUGCUAUUGAGCAAGCCAUCCAGCAACAGCAACAGCAGAUGCUCUUGGAUUCUGCCCCGCUUACUCCCGAAGGGAACCUGCCUGGCACCAACCCUCUGACUGAGGCACCUGGCAUAUCUCUGGGGGCAUUGACAACGACUGCGCCCAGCACCCGAUCUCUCCUGGGGCUUAGCUUUCCCGCGCUGAAGUCUAGUCCGCUGCAGCAUGCCUCGUCCCCUGUUGGUGCCGCGUCGUCCCAUCCGACUAGCCCGACACAGCCACCUUCCUAUUUGCAACACUUCCCGACCUCUCCGCUUGGUAACACCGGCAACUACUUCGAUACAGAUUUUAGCUACCGUGACCGGUCUUUUUCCAAUCGGUCUGCCCACAGCAGUCUCUACGGUGCUGAUUUCUUGGACUCUAAUCGUCGUGGUCCCUUCCAGCUCGAUCUCUCCGACACGGUCAUUGAGAAGCGGAUGGAUUCGGGCUCCGAGGGGGCAACUCCUAACCCGAUCAUGAGACCUAUCUCCACCCCGUUCCAGCGGGCCGAUAGUCGUGGUAGCGGAAGUGGUAGCGGAAGUAGCGGUGCAAGCGGUAGUGGGAGUGGCAGUCCCAGCUCGACGGGUGGCAAGGGCAACUAGGCGAGGUGAAGGGACAAGUCUGUGGUUCUCCCCACGAGCUCCAUCUGGCUUGUUCCGGGUUGCGUUAUGGUUCCAGUUCCUGCUUGGUCGUGUUCAUCUUCAGACGUGAUACUCAAGGUUGUAUGGUGGUUUACCUGCUUCGGGAUUCCUUGGCCCAGACGAGUCCGCGGCCGCCGUGUGUCUUCCGUCUUGGUAUUCCAUCGCCUGUGAACAAAGAAAUCUUGUGUCAUAUGUAGAGCCUAUUCAUAAUUUGCCGAAAAGCCUGUUUCUGCACAUUUCGUGGUUCCAUUGUAGAUGUUCUUUCUUUCUGGUACGAUCGUAGAUGGCGUAACCCAUUAGUUGCUGGUCAAUAUUUAGACUCUCC